UUUUAUGUGAACAAGUGAGAAUUACCUCUAUUAUAAGUAUUAGCUAGAUAAUAAUAAAUUGAAGAUGAAAAUUUCUGUAUCAAACCUUAUACCCCAGCGGUACGUUUUAGGACUUAUGGGGUUCUUUGCCACAUUUACAAAUUACACCCUCAUGGUGGUACUGAAUAUUGCGAUAACACAGAUGGUACCAGCAUUACAUACUCGUGGUGAUCCUAAUACAUGUGCCACAAUAAAAGUUAACAAUACCCUUUUGGGUCAGUUAGAACACAAAAAAGAAACAUACGAUUGGAACGAAAGUACCAAAGGGAUCAUUCUCAGCGCAUACUUUUGGGGUUAUAUAUUUACCCAUAUACCUGGAGGAAUGCUAGCAGAACGAUUUGGAGGAAAGCAUACUCUUUUAAUUGGAAUUCUAAUAGCUUCAGUAAUCACGUUUAUCACCCCUUGGUUGACUGUUACAUCCAACGGUGACUGGAGAGUUGUGACAGCUUUGAGAUUUUUAAUUGGAUUUUCACAGGGGCCAAGCCAUCCGGCAAUUAAUUCACUUCUGUCAAAAUGGGUACCGUUAUCAGAAAGAGCUAAAUUGGGGACGUUGGUAUUUUCAGGAUCUUUAAUUGGAACAAUCAUAACCAAUCUAGUGAGUGGUGCUUUAAUAAAGGCAACAGGCAACUGGAGUUCAUGUUUCUACUUCUUCGGUAGCGGAGGGGUUAUAUGGUGUAUUUUAUGGCAACUUCUGUGCUAUUCAGAACCAAGCACACAUCCAUUUAUAACUGAAAAAGAACUCGAAUAUUUAAAAACCAAAAUAGAUUCAGUUACAACAAAGAGACAACCUACUCCAUGGAAGGCGAUCUGGACAUCCCCACCGAUAUGGGCCUUGGUGGCAGCACAACUAGGUCACGACUGGGGAUUUUUUACGUUGCUCACUGAUCUACCUACUUAUAUGAGCGACGUUUUAAAAUUUAGUAUUGUAGAUAACGGAAUCUGGAAUUCGAUUCCCUAUCUGGUAAUGUGGAUCUGUUCAAUGUUCUCAGGAUGGUUGUGUGACUUUCUUAUUACUAGGAAAUAUUUGAAAAUUAGUUUUGCGAGAAAAUUAUUUACCAUAAUCUCUUCUAUGGGACCUUCAGUAUUUUCAAUGGCUGCCUCCUACUCUGGAUGUGAUAAAAAUCUAACUGUUACCAUGUUUACCUUAGCCAUGGCUUUCAAAGCAACCUUUUAUUGUGGAUUUAAAGUAAAUGCAUUAGAUCUUGCGCCAAACUAUGCAGGAAUUGUUAUGGCAGUUGUUAACGGCUUGGGAGCUAUAGCAGGUGGAAUAGCACCAUUUUUGGCAGGAGCUCUAACAGAAAAUCAUACAUUAUUGGAAUGGAGAACUGUAUUUUGGAUGACGUUUGGCUGUUAUACCAUUACAACAGUUAUCUACUGUAUAUGGGGUACUGCUGAAAUACAACCAUGGAAUGAUCCUGAAAAAUAUAGGAUGAUGAAGAAAUUUUCAAAUACUAGUUCCAAUUUCACAAAUGAUGAUAUUCAGACAACAGAAAAAACGGAAAAUGUGUAAACAUAUAUACAGAUUAUUAUUUUAAAAGUAUUUUAAACAUUCAAGAUUAAAUGCUUAGUUUUCUACGUAGCACUAAUUAUAUAUUUAUGAUACUAUAUUUUGCCUUGCAUUCU